GGUUUAUCGCGCCAGCAGAGUAUACGCCUUUGCGCGCAGCCGCAGUCCUGGUCUGAUACGCCGGGAAGUAAACUUGAGUCGCCUUUUUGUAUCAUUUCAGUGUAGCGCCGUCAAAUCUGUGGCUAACAUUAAGCUGUGAAGGCGUUAAGGAUGGCUCAGAAGAUCAAGGUGGGCUCCGUGGUGGAGAUGCAGGGGGAUGAGAUGACCAGGGUGAUAUGGGAGCUCAUUAAGGAGAAGCUCAUCUUUCCCUACUUGGAGAUGGAUCUCCACAGCUAUGACCUGGGCAUGGAGAACCGCGACGCCACGGACGACCGCGUGACCGUGGAGGCGGCGGAGGCCGUGCGGCGCUACAGCGUGGGCAUAAAGUGCGCCACCAUCACGCCCGACGAGAACCGCGUGGAGGAGUUCCACCUCAAGCAGAUGUGGAAGUCGCCCAACGGCACCAUCCGGAACAUCCUGGGCGGGACCGUGUUCCGCGAGGCCAUCAUCUGCAAGAACAUCCCCCGCCUGGUGACCGGCUGGGUGAAGCCCAUCAUCAUCGGCCGUCACGCCCACGGAGACCAGUACAAAGCCACAGAUUUCGUGGUGCCUGGCCCAGGACGCGUGGAGAUGAAGUACACCCCCAAGGACGGGAAGCCAGUCACGUUCGUCGUCCACGACUUUGAGGGCACGGGAGGCGUGGCUCUGGGCAUGUACAACACGGACAAGUCCAUCCGCGACUUUGCACACAGCUCCUUCCAGAUGGGCCUGACCAAGGGCUGGCCGCUCUACCUCAGCACCAAGAACACCAUCCUGAAGAAGUACGACGGCCGCUUCAAGGACAUCUUCCAGGAGAUCUACGACAAAGAGUACAAGGCCCAGUUUGAGGACAAGGGGAUCUGGUACGAGCACCGGCUCAUCGACGACAUGGUGGCCCAGGCCAUGAAGUCUGAGGGCGGCUUCAUCUGGGCCUGCAAGAACUACGACGGGGACGUGCAGUCCGACUCUGUGGCUCAGGGCUACGGCUCUCUGGGCAUGAUGACCAGUGUGCUGAUCUGUCCCGACGGCCGCACGGUGGAGGCCGAGGCUGCCCACGGCACAGUGACGCGGCAUUACCGCCAGCACCAGCAGGGCAAGGAGACCUCCACCAACCCCAUCGCCUCCAUCUUUGCGUGGACGCGUGGGCUGGCCCACCGGGCGAAGCUGGACGGGAACACUGAGCUGAACAUCUUCGCCGAGUCGCUGGAGGCCGUCUGCAUCGAGACCAUCGAGGCCGGCUUCAUGACCAAGGACCUGGCUGCCUGCAUCAAGGGCCUGCCCAAUGUCCUGCGCUCCGAUUACCUGAACACCUUCGAGUUCCUGGACAAGCUGGCAGAGAACCUGAACAUCAAGCUGUCGGGCCAGUCCAAGCUGUGAUCGAACUCGCACAAACACACACUUCCGAAUCCGAGCCCAACGUCGGACCAAAUCAGAGCAGCUUGAUUCCGUCCAGAGCGGCCACCCCAGCCCCAGUCAGGUGGUUUUCGGCCCUGGCCACUGUCCACCUCUAGCCUGCAGGGGGCACUACCACCAAUCCACAGGGCAGAGGGCUGGGGUGAGCACACCGCCCUCCCCCCCAGUGUUGCCUUAACACGUACAUGCACUGGUCCAUUAAUGCCAUUUUGUCUCUAUCCUUGCCCCUACCACCUGGUUUGUCCAAUGGUCACGUCAUAGUCUCCGGUUGCCAGGUGCUCAGUAAAGCAUUGAGAAGCAUUAUAGCUGCAGGUUAAAGUCCUCCCCUGCACACAACGGGCAUUAGAUGAAGUCACUCAGAUGUUUCUGUUACUGCAAUAAAGGAUGUGGUGUAAAGUC